AUGGCAGCCUCAACACCUACGCUGCCCGCAAGCUUUCUCGAAUCGCCUGCAAAGGACAUCAGCGCAUCCAAGAUUGAUUUCGCCACCUCUACUCUGCCGGAAUAUCAACAUCUCUACGCCGUGGUCAUUGAUGGCGCUCUCUCUCGGACGGAGUGUGAAGAAUUACUCAAGGCUGCAGAGGCCACUAGUAAUGGCACCUGGGAAAGGGCCAUGGUGAACGUCGGCAUGGGUCAGCAGAGAAUGAUCACGGACAUCCGCAACUGUGGUCGCAUCAUCUGGGACUCUAAGGAUGUUGUCGACCGCAUCUGGAGCCGCUUGGCGGAUGUGGCCGAAGUUCAAGAGAUUCUCCGAUUGGCCAAGGUCCCCAGAAUCUUCGGCAACGGACCAGCCAAACGUAAUGAAGUCUGGACGUUCACGCGGCCCAACGAGCGCAUGCGAUUUCUCAAAUACACUGGCGGAGAAUACUUUCACGCACACCAGGACGGGACGUAUGAGACACCCGAUAGGCGGGAACGAUCGUACUUUACGCUCCAUCUCUAUCUGAGCGAUGCCGCAGAGAAGGACGGGGGCGCCACGGCGUUUCAUUCCAUGAGUAUGCACACGGCGAAGGAUGUCAAGGUGUUUCCGAAGCAGGGUAGGGUCCUGAUAUUCCAGCACCGAGGAUUGCUACACAGCGGCGAUGAAGUCACAGGAGGGACCAAAUAUACCAUGCGGACGGACUUGAUGUACACGCUUGACGGUUAGGUGAAGUCCGAGAUCCAGCCCUGCUGGCAUGGACGAGUUGGGCUUCAAUUCGUAAUAUUGGUCCUGCUCAUCAAUUGGAAGAAAACGUCGUCAGUAGUAUCCUGUGUGCUCAUCCACAAAUGAUAAGUUGGGAACUCACAUCAAGAAAAGAAUGUGUUGAAGCGUCGUCCCCGCAAGAGUAAUCGGAAUCGAAUGAUAUCCUCGCCACGCCCUGGUGCAAGACAGCCAUGAAGACCAUCUCACAGCCAAGAGAAUAGAGU